AUGGCCCACAGCUUCACAGCUAUGCUGUCUCAGUUCCUUGCUAAAGAAAGCGGCCCCCGCCGGGGGCUCCUGCUCGCCCCCUGCGUCAGCAGCAUCAAGACCAUCUCCCGCGCCAAGAUCCGCACCGUCAAGAUGACCUUCGUCAUCGUCUCGGCGUACGUCGUGUGCUGGGCGCCCUUCUUCACCAUCCAGAUGUGGUCCGUCUGGGACCAGCACUUCCCCUGGGUCGAUUCUGAAAAUACUGCCACUACAGUCACUGCUCUACUGGCCAGUCUGAAUAGUUGCUGUAACCCCUGGAUCUACAUGUUCUUUAGCGGGCAUCUCCUGCAAGACUGCAUACAGAGCUUCCCUUGCUGUCAAAAAAUAAAGCAAACGUUGAAUAAAGAUGAUUCUAACAGCAACAGUAGACGACAGACUUCUUUCACCAACAACAGAAGCCCAACCCAUAGCUUGAACACCUGGGGAGAACUGCCGCAGUCCAAGUCUACCAGCUUCAUCCCCAUCCCAACCUGAGACAAGCACCAGAGGAUGCAGCUCUUAGACUCCACUUAGGAAGAUGAUGGUGAAGCACUUUAAAAGUUGGUUAGAGGCACAAUCCCUUGGUAACAAGGAAUAACUAAGACAGCCAUAAAACAAAAUAUACUCUGUUGCUAAAUAAGGUAUUAUGCAGUGUGUACACUUGAAAGACAUAUGAGACUUGGGCAACUGAUCAGGAAGGAGUGACAACAAUAAAACAAAUAUUUUUCUAAAUAGAGUAUAUUAUUCGUUUUGUUUUAUGUUUAUAAAAUAAUGAACGCAUUGUGUGCUUGUUGUUCAAAGCAGGAAAAAGUGUGGAGUCAGCAUAGUUUGAGGUAGCUCCACUAUCUAGUGGGAAUUCGUAAAAUUUCUCAUGAUUGACCACUGAAGUCACAGGGAAAGAAGAUGAUGCAGAGAAGAUCACAAACUGAUCUUGAAGGAGAAAAACUGGGAGAAAUUCCAGUCUGAGCAGACAAGGUACAUGGUUGGGUAGGCUGAGCUCUUAGGAAUUUAAUUGAUCAUAUUGCUUUAUCUGUCCAAAGAACAUUUAAUUGUGAACAAUUCUUAUUUGAUGGCAGAGUUUAAUAGCUCUUAUGAAGACAGAUCCAUCACUGCUGUUAAUAUCCAUGUAUGUUAUGGGCUUGAUUUCCCAGGCUGACAGCCCUUCUUCCCAUCAUGUUGAUCGAGUUUUACAGCGCUUCUUGUGUAUUGCUAUACCUACUUUGAAGGUAUUAAUUAAUUUUUAAAAAUAUGUUGACAAAAUAGCAUGGUAAGCAAUGUUACAGCAUUAGCCCAGCACUGUUACAAACAAACACAUAAUCAAAAUUCCUCAUGACUGUCAGAAGUGAUUACUUCAUUGGUAGAAAUUGUAUUUUUUCUUUUUUUUUCUUCACUAAGCUAGGACUAAGCUCCACUUGGUCUUAAAUACUGUCCCCAUAAGUUCAGGAGAAUGUUGUUGUACGGUAACAGCUGCAGAAUCAGUAAGACAGAUUUGGAAUCAGUCCCAAGACAAAUUCCCCAGACAAAUUUGGGGAUCAGUUUAACCAAUUUUCCAGUAACUUGUAAGAAUUGACAAUAUUAGUUAUUUAUUUUUAACAGAUUAUGACAGCGUGGACUUCAAAAGAGGUGGCAGCUGCAGUAAAAAGCCAUCACACCCCAGCUGGUAGCCAGAGCAUGCAGUGUGUGCUUGUUUUCACUGCCAUGCAUGCAGAGUCAAAUGCUGAUCUUACACUCUGAAAUAAUCCUGCAUUUCCGUGGAGACUGGAUUUUUUUCCUCAAGAUUGUAUCUGGA